AUGAGUCUGCAGAUCUUGUCGAGCAUCAUCGUGUACCUGGAGACCAUUUUGAACGCCCUCUGCCCCCUGUCCACCUGCCGCUGCUCGCUCCUGGACAUCCAUCUCACCGUCCCGUGCGAGUACAUGUCGUCGAAGGUCCACACGUUCUCCAUCGUCCCGGCUCGAGAAGGUGUCCACGUUCCGACCAGCUGCACGAACAUGAACACGUACUCGAACAAGAACCUCUUCGUCAAGCUGGAACAGGUCGUGUACAUCAUCGAGGCCGGCGGCACGAACAUGAACGCGAAUGGGCCGAUGCAGGAGGACUUGGCCGUGCUUGAGAGAGAUGUUGAUGAUGGCACAUAUGUCGAGGCAUUGCAAGCACACCUCGAGCAGGCACACGAGCUCGUUCUUGUACGGAAGGGUGCCCGAGAACCUCAACGCGAUCCCCCAGCUACCUCGACGACCUGA